AUGCUGGCACAAAAUAAAUCAAAGCCCAUGGGAAACUGCAUCCAGCACUGGCUGGAAUCUGAGGAGUUGGCAAAGGACUGUGCGAGUGGCACUUUUGAUGUUCCUUUUGAUCUGAUCUGUAGUUCUUCCUGUGUAGAGAAUGAAGAAGGAGGCCCACAGGAAGGAAUUCUGGAAGAUAUGCCUGUUGAUCCUGACAAUGAGGCAUACGAAAUGCCUUCUGAGGAAGGGUAUCAAGACUAUGAACCCGAAGCAUAAGAAAUACUUUUACUCGCAGUUUCUUGAGAUCUACUGAGAGAUGUUCCAUCCUGUACAAGUACUCAGUUCCAACGUGCCCAGUCAUGAUAUUUUUCUCAAAGUUUUUACAGUGUAUUUUAAACUCUUCCAUCAGCAGUGAUUGAAAUUAUCUGUACCUGCCCUUACUCAGCAUUUCAGUGCUUCCCUCUCACUGAAGUGAAUAUAUGGUAGCAGGGUCUUUGUGUGCUGUGUGGAUAUUGUGGCUUCAAAUCUAAAAGUUAAAUUAAAACACCUAAGUGACUACCACUUAUUUCUAAAUCUUCACUAUUUUUUUGUUGCUGUUCUUGAGAAGUUGUGAUUUAUUGUCAUAUAUUAUAAGAUUUCUAGGUGUCUUUUAAUGAUUCUGUCUAAAAAUAAUGAUGUAUUGUGAAAUUUGUUAAUAUAUACAAUACUUAAAAAUAUGUGAGCAUGAAACUAUGCACCUAUAAAUAUUAACUAUAAAAUUUUA